AUGGGCGGUCCAUGUCGCUCUCAGCAGAUGAAGAGGGAAGCGUCAACGAAAAUCAUCACCAGCAGGCUACUCAGUGACAAUGUGCAGCUUAACAAGGCAGAGAAAGCAUUGGAGCCUUCAGUGAAGAAAAUUGUUGCCACCUGUGCAGUAGAGGAGUCUGUGGAGAACGACCCAGAGAAGAUUAAGACCCAUGAGCUGUUUAAUCGGGUUCGCAGCACCCUCAACAAACUGACCAUUGUAAACUUUGAACAGCUAAUGAAACAGGUGAUGAAACUGACUAUUGACACUGAGGAGAGGUUGACAGGAGUCGUAAACCUCACCUUUGAAAAGGCCAUCUUUGAGCCACACUUUUCGUUGCUGUAUGCCAACAUGUGCCGCUUCCUUAUGGGGCUUAAAGUCCAAAUCACUGAUAAGCUGGGAGUCACCGUGAAUUUCUACAAGCUGCUACUAAAUCGAUGCCAGAGGGAGUUUGAGAAGGACAAGUAUGACGACGAGGCCUUCAAGAAGAAGCAGCAAGAGCUGGUGGCUGCUUCAAGAGAGGAGAGGCAGUGGCUAGUGGAGGAGCUAGAAGACUUGAAAGACAAGGCCAGGAGGCACUCACUGGGAUUGAUCAAGUUUAUCUGUGAACUGUUCAAACUCAAGAUGAUCACAGCCGUCAUCAUGCAUGACUGCAUUAUAAAGCUCCUACAAAACCACGAUGAGGAGUCCUUGGAGUGCCUUUGUAGAGUGUUGUUUACCAUUGGCGAGGAUCUAGACAUUGAGAAGGCCAAGCCUCAUAUGGACCUGUACUUCAGUCAGAUGGAAAAAAUAAUGAUGGAGAGGAAGACCACCUCCAGGAUUCGCUUCAUGUUGCAGGAUGUGCUGGACCUUCGACGGAGUAACUGGAUGCCCAGGCGAGGUGGCAAGACCAUGAACCAGAUCCACAAAGAGGCUGAGCUAGAAAAGUACAGGGAGCACAUGAAGGUGCAGCAAGCCGCCAUCACCAGCAAGGAGUAG